AUGCCGAACGUGCAGCUGCCGCCCAAGGAGAGCAACCUUUUCAAGCGCAUCUUGAAAUGUUACGAACAGAAGCAGUACAAAAAUGGCCUCAAGUUUUGCAAGAUGAUUCUUUCAAAUCCAAAAUUUGCUGAACAUGGAGAGACUUUGGCUAUGAAGGGAUUAACAUUGAACUGCUUAGGAAAAAAAGAAGAAGCGUAUGAAUUUGUUCGUAAAGGACUUCGUAAUGAUGUCAAGAGCCAUGUCUGUUGGCAUGUUUAUGGACUCUUGCAACGUUCUGAUAAGAAGUAUGAUGAAGCUAUUAAGUGCUAUCGAAAUGCCCUCAAAUUAGAUAAAGAUAAUCUACAAAUUUUGAGAGAUCUCUCUCUGUUGCAGAUUCAAAUGAGAGACCUUGAAGGUUAUCGAGAGACAAGGUAUCAGCUUCUUCAGUUGCGCCCAACGCAGCGUGCUUCCUGGAUUGGAUAUGCUAUUGCAUACCAUUUGCUGAAAGAUUAUGAUAUGGCACUAAAACUAUUGGAAGAGUUUAGACAAACUCAGCAAGUUCCUCCCAACAAAAUAGACUAUGAAUAUAGUGAACUGAUACUAUACCAGAAUCAAGUGAUGAGAGAGGCAGACCUAUUUCAGGAAUCUUUGGAACAUAUAGAAACAUAUGAGAAACAGAUAUGUGAUAAACUUUUGGUGGAAGAAAUUAAAGGGGAAAUGCUGUUGAAAUUGGGAAGAUUAAAAGAAGCCAGUGAAGUGUUCAAAAACUUGAUUGAUCGGAAUGCAGAAAAUUGGUGUUAUUAUGAAGGCUUGGAAAAAGCUCUGCAACUUAGCACUUUAGAAGAGAGGCUCCAAAUUUAUGAAGAAAUUAGUAAGCAGCACCCCAGAGCAAUUUCACCUAGAAGAUUACCUUUGAAUCUUGCCCCAGGUGAAAAAUUUAGAGAACUAAUGGAUAAGUUCCUGAGGAUUAACUUCAGUAAAGGCUGCCCACCCUUGUUCACUACUUUGAAAUCUUUAUAUUACAAUACAGAAAAGAUUUCUAUAAUCCAGGAGCUUGUUACGAAUUAUGAAGCCUCUCUUAAAACGUGUGACUUUUUUAGCCCUUAUGAAAAUGGAGAGAAGGAACCCCCGACAACACUUCUCUGGGUUCAGUAUUUCCUGGCACAGCAUUUUGAUAAACUUGGGCAUUAUUCUUUAGCUUUGGAUUACAUUAAUGCUGCAAUUGCUGGUACUCCCACUCUAAUAGAAUUAUUCUAUAUGAAGGCAAAAAUUUACAAGCAUAUAGGUAAUCUCAAAGAAGCUGUAAAGUGGAUGGAUGAAGCGCAGUCUUUGGACACAGCUGAUAGAUUCAUCAACUCCAAAUGUGCAAAAUAUAUGCUUCGAGCAAACAUGAUAAAAGAAGCAGAGGAAAUGUGUUCCAAGUUCACAAGGGAAGGAACAUCUGCUAUGGAAAAUCUAAAUGAGAUGCAAUGCAUGUGGUUUCAGACAGAAUGCAUUUCAGCUUACCAGCGUUUGGGGAGAUAUGGGGAUGCCUUGAAAAAAUGCCAUGAAGUAGAAAGGCAUUUUUUUGAGAUAACCGAUGAUCAAUUUGACUUCCAUACAUACUGCAUGAGAAAGAUGACCCUUCGUGCCUAUGUUGACCUUUUGAGAUUAGAAGAUAUACUCAGAAGACAUGCCUUCUAUUUCAAGGCUGCUAGAUCAGCGAUUGAAAUAUACUUGAAAUUGUAUGAUAACCCCUUAACCAGUGAGAGCAAACAGCAAGAAAUAAAUUCAGAAAACUUGUCAGCCAAAGAGUUGAAGAAAAUGCUUAGCAAGCAGAGAAGAGCUCAGAAAAAGGCUAAACUGGAAGAAGAGAGAAAGCAUGCGGAAAGGGAACGUCAACAAAAAAAUCAAAAGAAAAAAAGAGAUGAAGAAGAAGAAGAAGGCAGUGGUCUCAAAGAAGAACUUAUACCUGAAAAAUUAGAAAGGAUAGAAAAUCCAUUAGAAGAAGCUAUCAAGUUCCUUAUACCUCUUAAGAACCUUGUUGCUGAUAACAUUGACACUCAUCUAUUAGCAUUUGAAAUAUAUUUUAGAAAAGGGAAGUUUCUGUUAAUGCUGCAGUCUGUCAAACGAGCUUUUGCCAUCAACAGUAAUAACCCAUGGUUACAUGAAUGCUUAAUUAAAUUUUCUAAAUCUGUGUCUAAUCAUAGUAAUCUUCCAGACAUUGUGAGUAAAGUUCUAUCUCAAGAAAUGCAGAAAAUAUUUGUCAACAAGGAUUUGGAAAGUUUUAAUGAGGAUUUUCUCAGACACAAUGCUACCUCUCUUCAGCAUCUACUUUCAGGUGCUAAAAUGAUGUAUUUUCUGGACAAGUCAAGGCAAGAAAAAGCAAUUGCUAUUGCCACUAGACUGGAUGAAACUAUAAAAGAUAAAAAUGUAAAGACUUUAAUAAAGGUUUCUGAGGCACUGCUUGAUGGCAGCUUUGGGAACUGUAAUUCCCAGUAUGAAGAAUACAGGAUGGCCUGUCAUAACCUGCUUCCUUUUACUUCCGCUUUCCUGCCCGUUGUGAAUGAGGUCGACAGUCACAAUGUGGCACUAAACCACACAGCUAACUAUGAUGUCUUGGCAAAUGAGAUUUGA